CUUCCACUUCUAAAAGUCUAACGUCCCUUCCCUUUCGCUGGUUGCCUUGAUGGCAGAGGUGAUAGGUGUCACCUCUGGGCUUCUCACCCUGGUGGUGUUUUCUUUGCAAGCUAGUAAAUCGCUUUACCAAGUAGUCAGGAGCUUUCAAACGAAUAGGAGAUCGAUAGCCCAGCUUCUAGAAGGCCUCGAAGCCCUUAAUGAGGUCUUAGAAUCUCUUCAAGACGUCGUCGCCAAUUCCACCGCCGAUCUUUCAGCACUUAAGCUUCCUCUCCUACGAUGCGGUAAAGGUUGCAAAGAAUUUGAAGAGGUGAUCAUCAAAUGCACGGCGCAUUCCGGCGGCUCUAGGGCCAGUUUUCGAGAUUGGGUUAAGUUGACGUACAUGGGGAAUGAUAUCUCUGGAUUUCAAGAUAUGCUGGAGGCAUACAAAUCCACCAUCAUCAUUGCGCUCGGCGAUGCUACCUUCCGCACAACCACCGUGACCGUCGAUAUUCUCAAUGAAUAUAAAGAAAUGAUCACGAAAACAACCACCAAUCUCGAAGAGCACCUCGAAGAUAUCGACUAUAAGUUACGGGAAAUCUCUGCACAUGGCUCUGCAAAGUUCGAUGAAAAUGCGGCUGAGCAAAAAGAAAUGGAGGAGGAGAGGGACAGCACAAAAAAAUGCCUUGAAAUCUGCGCCGAGGUCUCCGCGCACAUAGACAAAGUUCAACCCGGAGCCUUCGGAAGCAUCUCUACAACCUCAGAUGCCUAUCAACCGCCACUUGCCACACUUCUGGGUACUCCUUCGGCUCGAGAUACCACUGCCAAAACUCUUGAUACAUGCAAGGAGAGUCUGUUCAAUACGACCGCUAGGCUCCAAGCACGUCUCCUGGAUAUCGAGGAUCGACUACAACAACAUCUCUCCUCAAAAGCGCCUAGGCAACAUGAACAGAUUGCUGAGCGAGAAAGAUUACAGGAGGAAAGAGACAGCAAAAAACAGAUGUUGGCUAUCUGUGCGCAAGCUUUUGAGCACGCAGAGAAAACCCGAACUAGUUACUAUGAGGAUAUUCGCCUGACUGACGAUGCCCACAAAGUCGCGGUCUCAACGGUUGGAGACCUUAUUUCAGCCAAGCGCAUCACUGCUGGGGCCAGAUCGACGCUGUGGAUGGGGCAGAUGUCCGAUGCUUCUCUCCAGCAGCUCUCACGGGACCGCGUGCGCACUACUCCAACGCGCGAACCUCCAACAAGCGAAUCUCCUACAGGCGAACCUACUACAGGCGAACUUUCUACCAAAGAAGCUGUACAAUCCCAUGGGCAAUUUGAAGGUCGGUAUGGAACGGGACGCAGGCUUAGCCGUGAAAGCUCGACGGGCGCAGGAGCGGAACGCAAGCUCAGUCGAGGGAGCUCGUCGAGCGCAGGAACGGGACAACAGCCCACCCAAGAGACUUUCACGAGCGCAGGCGCCAAGAAAUCUCCUUAACCUAUUGCCAUGUGCAACUGUUUGUUUCAUCACGUAUUGCUUCACCAUGCAUUGAUUCACUAUGUAUUCUUCUACUGUCUUUCUCCUCACUUUUUAACUCAAACUUUGCUUAUUCAAUGGCAUCCAAUUCCUGGCAUUCUUAAUGCAUCGUGAGAUCUUACGAGGAUCAGAAAGCUCCUCAAACCUCGAAUUGGAGAAGUUGCUACCCCGUUUGCGCGUAGUUUAGUAGGAAUUAGUUGCUCCUGCUGCGCUUUUAUUCCCUAGAAGGUAAUGUAAAGCAGUAAAGGGAU